AUGGUCAAGAUUGCAAUCGUUGGCGGCUCUAGCAACGUUGGAUCAGAGGAUGCACCCGCCCAAAAGCUCGCCCCGGGAGUUCAAUGGGUCAAGACAAAUUAUGAGAUCGCUCAUCUGACCAAGAUUAUUGGUGGUGUAGAGACGGUGCUUUCCUUCGUCUCUGGUCCAGCGGAUCCGACGAACACCUCUCAGAGUGACACGCAGAAGAACUUGAUUGAUGCGUGCAUCCAAGCUGGAGUCAAGCGCUUCGCUCCCAGCGAGUGGGCUACGUCCAAGUUCGACCACUUGUUCUGGUAUUCUUUCAAGCAAGUCACCCGUGACUACCUCGCAGAGGUGAACAAGAAGAAGAAGGUCCGUAUUCUCCCAGGUGUCAUCCUAAAAGUCUCGACUCACAAAAUGCAGGUCCUUGAAUAUUGUCUCUUCCAGCCGGGCUUGUUCACGAACUACCUGACCUACCCGUUCAGCUCUUCCAAGCAUGUCACUCAAUUGGAGACCCCUGUCGACUUCAAUCAGUGUCGCGCGCUGGUGGUCGACGGAGGUGAAGACGUCCCCCUGACCUUUACCAUAGCUCAGGAUCUUGCCAGAGUCGUCGCUUUAGCUGUGGAAUAUGAGGGAGAGUGGCCUCAUGUGGGUGGCAUCAAGGGCUCCGAGAUCACCAUGGGCCAACUGAUCGCGCUCGGCGAAAGAAUUCGUGGCAAGCCAUUUGCUGUUGAGAAGUUGAAGAAGGAGGACCUUGAGGCUGGCAAAGUCACAUCUUCGUGGACGCUUGAAGUGAAGCACCCGUCAAUCCCUCCGGAGACUCGGAAGGCCGUCGCUUCUAGCCUGCUUUCUGGCAUUUUGCUCGGCUUUUCGGCUGGAUGCUUCAACACCUCUUCUGAGUGGAACCAACUUCUGCCCGACUUCAAGUUCACUCCGCCGGAGGAGUUCCUGUCCCAGGCGUGGAAAUCAAUCGAUGCUGGUGAGGACGUCGUCUUUGAUAAGUAUUGA